GGUUAGUGCCUUAGCAACUAAACAUAGCAACUGGCGAAUCUGGUGCUGCUGAUGUCUGUGGAAGGGUCUCGGGAACAGUUUCUAGGCUCCUAGGUGGGGGAACAGUCUCCUCCCUUGCUUGGGACUCUGGAACUACCUCAUUCUGGUGAAAGUAAGGUCAGCCUAGGACCAGAAGCCUUUCUUGGAGAAAAGGCUGACAUGCCAGUCCUUUGCGACAGAUUGCUGAAGCUAAAGGAGAUUUUUAACUCUAAGUUUGGAUCUAUUCCCAAGUUUUAUGUUCGAGCACCAGGACGAGUCAACAUAAUAGGAGAGCACAUAGAUUACUGUGGAUAUUCUGUUCUUCCUAUGGCUGUAGAACAAGAUAUGUUAAUAGCUGUGGAACCUGUGAAAACACACACUCUUCAGCUGGCUAACACAAAUCCCUUGUAUCCGGACUUCAGUACUAGUGCAAAUAACAUUCAGAUUGACCGAACAAAUCCUUUGUGGCACAACUAUUUCCUAUGUGGAUUUAAAGGAAUUCAGGAACACUUUGGUCUUAGUAACCUGACUGGAAUGAACUGCCUGGUAGAUGGAAAUAUCCCACCAAGUUCUGGCCUCUCCAGCUCUAGUGCUUUGGUCUGUUGUGCUGGCUUAGUGACACUUACAGUGCUGGGAAUGAACCUAUCUAAGGUGGAACUUGCAGAAAUCUGUGCCAAGAGUGAGCGUUAUAUUGGCACUGAAGGAGGAGGCAUGGACCAGUCCAUAUCAUUUCUUGCAGAAGAAGGAACUGCCAAGUUGAUAGAAUUUAGUCCUCUGAGGGCAACUGAUGUGAAACUCCCAAGUGGAGCAGUAUUUGUGAUUGCAAAUAGUUGUGUGGAAAUGAAUAAGGCAGCAACUUCUCACUUCAAUGUCAGGGUGAUGGAGUGUCGACUUGCUGCAAAGCUCCUGGCUAAGUACAAAAGCUUGCAAUGGGACAAAGUCCUGCGACUGGAAGAGGUGCAGACAGAACUAGGGAUUAGUUUGGAAGAAAUGCUGUUGGUCACAGAGGAUGCCCUUCAUUCUGAACCCUACAGCCCGGAAGAGAUCUGCAAGUGUCUGGGAAUUAGCCUGGAGGAACUCAGAACACAAAUCCUGAGUCCGAACACUCAAGAUGUGCUCAUCUUCAAACUCUACCAGCGGGCAAAGCACGUGUACAGUGAGGCUGCAAGAGUGCUCCAAUUUAAGAAGAUAUGUGAAGAAGCACCUGACAACAUAGUCCAGCUGCUGGGAGAGUUAAUGAACCAGAGCCACAAGAGCUGCCGGGACAUGUAUGAGUGCAGUUGCCCUGAGCUGGACCAGCUGGUGGACAUCUGUCGGAAGUUCGGCGCUCCUGGGUCACGACUGACUGGAGCAGGAUGGGGUGGCUGCACGGUAUCAAUAGUACCUGCUGACAAGUUGCCCAGCUUCCUAGCAAACGUGCAGGAGGCUUACUACCAGAGGAGCAAUCGCAGCUUAGCGCCAGAGAAGCAGAGUUUGUUUGUUACUAAACCUGGAGGUGGGGCUUUGGUUUUCCUUGAGGCCUAAACAAUGUAAAAUAACUCAGAGAAACUAUUUAGGGCAUUUAGGAACUGGCAGGACUUCCUAUGCCACAGUAAAUUAAUCCUCUUUCUGUUUUAUAUUAUGAUGAAUGCUUGCUAUUAUCAAGAUGUAUUUCUAAGGAAAUGGUUGAAAUCUCUCUAUACUUCACAAUGAUUAUUUUUCCAUUUUAAAAACAUUUUUUUUAAACCAGUAAAAACAAAGAUUGUGCUUGGAAAGAUCUUUUAAGGAUGAUUUACUAAAAUUUAUUGGUUUGAAGAUUUUAAAGAUGAAUGGUGAAACAAACUGUUAMUACAUGGAUUGGACUUGAAUUAAACACACCACUAUAAUGUAACUAUAAUUAAACUGAUAUAAUUGAAUUGUA